GCAGAAAAACUACGUUUCCCGGUAUGCACCGGAAGAAUGAAGCGCUCUGCUCUUUGGCCUGCGACUGAAAAUAACCCGAUCAGCUGAUGGAUACUGACAACAACAACCAGAGAGACCGAACAGGGACGGGGUUAUACUUUUAACACAAAACAAUGCCUCUUGAUCAGUGCUGGCAUUUUUAAUAUCAAGAUUUUUGCCGUCUUGAAACGUGUUUGAUAUUUGUAUUUCUCAGGAAAACGCGCUCCUUAUUUUAAAACGUACCGCCGUUACAGUAUCCCUGAGUCACUCGGUCGCUUCUUUUUCCUGUGUUGUUUUUACUAGGGGUUGUGCCGGGAGACUUGUUCUGUUGUUGUGUAAAAAGAAGUCUUCGGUUUUCCUUUUUUUGUGUUCAAUUGCUUUGAUACGCGCCUGUUUUAAUUCGUUUUUAAUUCUUUCUCAAAACGACACGAACGUCAUCUGUAAAAGAAAGGAUUUGUGAAAUUAUUAAGAAAACUGUUCACUUUUCUUUCGUUAAGAAAAUAGAAUAAAAAAAACCACAUAUAAAUGUCGAAAAAGACCGUUGUAUUUAAUAAUUUCAGGGGAAAUAUCUGUGUGGCAGACUAGGUUCUAGUUAGAUUAUAAAAUAAAUCGAACACAACAUAGCAGCCUUUAUAAAUGUUGCUUUCUCAAAAUAAAGCCUAAGGAAUGAUGCAGUCUGACUGGGUAUGUUGACUUAUGUUAUUGUUGAGGACUACUUGAUAAAAAUGUUCCUGCACGCGCUUAUCUUAGUUUUGAUAAGUCAAUUUAUGUGUGGAUGAAACUAAGUAAACAAACAAACACAAAAAAAGCCAUAACUAAAAUAUAAAGUCGUUAUUAUUAAACAGUACUUCUUGGUUAAGAAUAGGUAGUUUAUAUCACAGUUAUUGGAAUUGUCUGUAAAUGUGGUUAUGUUGUAAAAACAACAACCUUGUAUUACAAUUUAAAUGUAGCUUUUUUGUUGUUGUUGUCAUGUUCAAAUUGUGCUAAGCUUUUAUAUAAAAAAAAAAAAAACCAGACUGGUUCAGUGUUCCUUGCUUGUGGAUAUAUUAAACGGAUAUAAGCUAUGCAAGAAGUUUUUGGCGGACUUAUUUUGUUGUAAACUAGUGACUAAUAAUAAUAACAGGAAUAAUAUUAUAUAAAAAAAAAACAUCACCAUUGUACCUUAAGUGAUUGUCUUAUAGAGUUUUACGUUUUUAAUGUUUUUUGUACACUAUUUUGUAUUUAUUUUUUGUUAAAAGGGAUUAUGCAUGUUUGGUAAUAUUAAUAAUAGAUAAAAACAAAAUAAAAUACAUACUUCACUUGUAGGAACCAAACAAGGGUGACAUAGGAUUCAGGCCCUCUGUAUUCAGUAUCUGAACAGGUCUGUCUUUUAUUGGUAGUACUGGUACUUUUAAUUUAUAUAUCGAUUAUUUAUAUAGUGUAAGGAUUGAAUAUCAGUGUAGCAAUGAGUGCCCAAGCUCCGUCCUCAGAGAAAGGAGUGAACACUGGCCUGGUGUGCCAGGAGAGCUAUGCCUGUGGUGGCUCAGAGGAAGCCCUGUUCGAGUGUGAUGAGUGUGGGAGCCUGCAGUGCCAGCGAUGUGAACUGGAGCUGCACCGUCAGGACCGGCUGAAGAACCAUGAGCGGGUCCGCAUCGGGCCAGGACACGUCCCCUAUUGCGACACCUGCAAGGGGGCCAGUGGCAGCCUGGGGUUCGGGCACCGGCAGAGAGCAGCCGUCAGGUGCCAGGGAUGCAAGACCAAUCUGUGCGCCGACUGCCAGAAGCGCACCCACAGCGGGGUGAACAAGAGGAAGCACCCCAUUAGCGCCUACCCCCCCAGCAAGGCCACGGAGGGGGCAGCAGCCGUGGAUGAGGCGGAGGCCCAGAAGAGACGGCUCCUCGAGAGGGUCCGCUGCUUCCUCCUGGUGGACGAGAACGAGGAGAUCCAGGUUGGGGAUGAGGAAGAAUUUGCCAAGAAGCUGGACUGCAAGCAGGACGAGCAUCUCAAAGUGGUGUCAAUUUUCGGGAACACGGGUGAGGGAAAGUCCCACACGCUGAACCACACCUUCUUCAUGGGCAGGGAGGUGUUCCAGACCUCUCCCGCCCAGGAGUCCUGCACUGUGGGGGUGUGGGCAGCUCUGGACCCCCUGCACAGAGUGGUGGUGAUGGACACAGAGGGGCUGCUGGGCACCAGUUCAAACCUGGGGCAGCGCACCCGGCUGCUGCUCAAGGUCCUAGCGGUGUCAGACUUGGUGAUCUACCGCACACACGCUGACCGGCUGCACGAUGACCUCUUCAAGUUCCUGGGCGAUGCCUCGGACGCCUACCUGAAGUACUUCACCAAGGAGCUGAAGGCCACCACUGCCCGCUUCGGCCUGGACGUACCUCUGUCCACUCUGGGGCCGGCGGUCAUCAUCUUCCACGAGACCGUGCACACCACACUGCUGGGCUCAGACAAGCCGUCGGACUCCCCGGAGAGGCUUCUGCAGGAGCGCUUCAGGAAACUGGGACGCUUUCCAGAGGCCUUCAGCUCUGUCCAGUACCAAGGCACACGCACCUACAACCCCCCAACUGACUUCUCAGGACUGCUGCGGACCGUGGAGCAACAGCUGAGCAACAACACCAUGCGCUCCCCCCGCCCGCCACGCGUCAUCUACAAGGCCCUGCAGGCUUUGAGUGAGCGCUUCAGUGGGGAGAUCCUGGACGAGCACAUGGCUCACAGCUCCUUCUUCCCUGACGAAUACUUCACCUGCUCCUUCCUCUGCCUCGGCUGUGGGUCUGGCUGCAAGAACAGUAUGAAUCAUGUCAGGGAGGGGGUGUGCCACGAAGCCAAGCAGCGCUGCCGCUACUCCCCGCAGUACGACAACAGAAUCUACACCUGCAAGGCUUGCUAUGAGGCUGGAAAGGAGGUGAUUGUGGUUCCCAAAACCUCUGCGUCCUGCGACUCACCCUGGCUCGGUCUGGCUAUAUAUGCCUGGUCUGGGUAUGUGAUCGAGUGUCCGAACUGUGGGGUGAUCUACCGGAGCCGACAGUACUGGUUUGGUAACCAGGAUCCUGUGGACACUGUGGUGCGCACUGAAAUUGAGCACAUCUGGCCUGGGUCGGACGGCUUCCUGAAGGAUAACAACAAUGCGGCUCAGAGGCUGCUGGACGGAGUGAACUUCAUGGCCCAGUCCGUCUCCGAGCUUAGUGUCAAGCCGGCCAAGGUGGUGACCUCCUGGCUGACCGAUCAGAUCGCUCCCGCCUACUGGAGACCCAACUCUGAGAUCCUGAAAUGCCACAAGUGUGGCUGCCCGUUCCAGGAUAAUGACACCAAGCACCACUGCCGGGCCUGCGGGGAGGGCUUCUGUGACAACUGCUCCUCCAAGUCCAGGCCAGUGCCUGAGCGGGGAUGGGGGCUGGGCCCUGUGCGAGUCUGUGACGUGUGCUUCGAGCACAGAGGGGCACGCCCAGAUUUACAGGAGGCUGAGUUGGAGGAGGAAGGAGGGACGCUGAUCGCCAGGAAGGUUGGAGAGGCUGUACAGAACACGCUGGGGGCUGUAGUGACCGCCAUGGACAUCCCCUUAGGUCUGGUGAAGGACGCGGCCCGGCCGGUCUACUGGGUCCCUGACCACGAGAUCACACAGUGCCAUCACUGCUGCCAGCCGUUCAGCCCCAAACUGUCAAAGCACCACUGUCGGGCCUGCGGACAGGGCUUCUGUGCCGAGUGCUCCCAGGAGCGCCGCACCGUGCCCUCGCGAGGCUGGGACCACCCCGUCAGAGUCUGCCUGAACUGCAACCAGAAACCUGGGGACCUCUAGCAGGACGGCCGGGGGUCCCUCUCCCAACCCACCCCCAUCCCGGGAGAGCGUGCUGGAAUACACACUGUAAACCUCUUUUAGAUUGCAAGCUCCAAGAAAUCAGGUUAGACACCAUGAAUUGCAACGGUGAAGGACAAGACUGUUGCAAUGCAUAGUGUACAGUGCUGUUGGGAGACAGUGAUUACAUGGACAUAGCUAACGUGAUGGCAUGCUAUUGAGGGAGGGUUUCCGGUAUGCAGGGUUGUGGUCAGGUUGCUUCACUGCAAACAAGGAGUACAGCUGAGAGGUUGAGUUACUGCACAGUGGGCCAUAUUCAUCAAGGUCUUGACACCAAAAUGCAUAUUUUUUCGUCUAAGUACUAUUAGUCUUAAACUGGAAGUUAAGGGAAUGUGCAGCACAUCAUGUGGAAACUCCCUGCCAUGUACCAGUGCGCUCUUUCUCUCUGGAACCAAUACCUUGUCUUCAACACUGCAGUGUAGUCCUCAAGAGACUUUAUAACCACCCUGUGUAUUAUUAGGGUUCCUGGGUUUCAAUUUUUCUUUUCAUCAUUUAUAGUCUUUUUUACUUGCAGCUUUUAAAUCUAAUGGGUGGAGAAAAACAAUCUCUAAUGGAGUGGAUUUAGUGUAGUCAAGGAACAGAAUUACAAAGUUUUAAGAAAGAAAAAAUCAUUGCAGUAAACCAAAAGCAAACCCUGAAUUGGUUACUCAUCAUAUAUUUUAUUAAAGGUAGCAUUUAAUAUGAGAAGUUCGCUGCUUCUAUCAUUGGCUGGUUACAAUAACUAAGUGGCACUGGCCUUAUUGACUGGUCAUGAGUGAUUAAGCUAUUUUAUUUGACCUGCAGGACAUUCAAAUUAAGUAUUUAAAAAAAAAAAAAAAAAAAUCUAGCUGUAUUCAUUUUUAUUUUAAUGAUGCAUUGUUGGUUUACUGCUGGUUUCACAGAGCCCGAUUAGCACUAAUCUACUACUCUACCUUACCAUAGUGCUAGAUUAAUCUAAUCAGGGUCCAUGAAACUUAUUGAUAAGCUGAAAACGGGAACCCUGCAAUAUAAUUAGAAUAGAAUUAUGUCUGGAUGCUAAAGCGGAAGGGAUAUAUAUAUAUAUAUAUAUAUAUAUAUAUAUAUAUAUAUAUAUAUUACACAUACACAAAUAUAUGUGUGUGUGUAUAUAAUAUUUAAACACACAGUUACUCACAUACACAUAUAAAUUACAUAAGUUGGUCUAACAGCACUCAAUCUCAGUCCCUGUUUAAAAAUAAAGAAUUUGGAGUUUGAAUAUUUAGGUGAUUAAAAAAAAAAAAACAGGAAAAAA